AUGCGGGCUGUGAGGCGCGGGUGAGAUGUAAUGGCAGCACGCACUAAAUAGCAGGGAGGGGAUGGUUUCUCGCAGUGGCACAGGGGCUGGCAGACGAGCCCUGCUGCAGCCCUCAGAAGCGUUCAGCUGUCAGAGCGCCAGGGACGAGGAAGGGCGUGUGAGAGCGACCGGCUGCGCUCCUCGCUGCGAGCUGCGCGGCUCGGUGGCAUCGUGGUUCCUUGGGAAUGCCCGAGUCUGAGUGCAGCUGCUGAAAAGUCACACAGCUGGCACUGAGCGCUGCUCUCCUUUCAAGGCUGAGUUGCACCAUUGAUGACUGAAUGGACUCUGCUGAGAAGGCUUGUCCUGACACCAUGACAGCUGAUGAGUCAGAAGCUGGAGAGUUAGCUCUGGAGCCUCUCCUCACGUGCAAGCUAUGUCUCUGUGAAUAUUCCCGGGAUAAGAUGACCACUCUUCAGGAAUGCAACUGCGUCUUUUGUACAGCGUGUCUAAAACAGUACGUGGAGCUGGCAAUUCAAGAAGGUUGUGGUUCCCCUAUCACAUGUCCAGACAUGGUAUGCUUGAACCAUGGGACCCUACAAGAAGCAGAGAUUGCCUGUUUGGUUCCUGUUGACCAGUUUGAGUUAUACAAGAGGUUGAAGUUUGAACGAGAAGUCCAUUUGGACCCCCAGAGAACAUGGUGCCCCACAGCCGACUGCCAAACCGUGUGCCACAUCGCACCGAGCGAGUCGGGAGCGCCGGUGCCAGUGGAGUGCCCCGCCUGCCGCCUGACCUUCUGCUCCUCCUGCAAGGAGCCAUGGCACGGGCAGCACCUGUGCCAGGAAAACCAAAUGACCCCGGUACCCACUGAGCAGGGAUUCCUUAUUGGAGCAGAGACAGAGGCACCAAUUAAGCAGUGCCCAGUUUGUCGAAUUUAUAUUGAGCGAAACGAGGGCUGUGCUCAGAUGAUGUGCAAGAACUGCAAGCACACAUUUUGCUGGUAUUGUCUACAGAACUUGGAUAAUGAUAUUUUCUUACGGCAUUACGACAGAGGCCCUUGCAGAAACAAGCUGGGCCACUCACGGGCUUCAGUGAUGUGGAACAGAACACAGGUUGUGGGGAUCCUCGUUGGACUAGGUAUCAUAGCGUUGGUGACCUCCCCCUUGCUGCUUGUGGCAUCUCCAUGCAUCAUCUGUUGCAUUUGCAAAUCUUGCCGGAGCAAAAAGAAAAAACCCAGCCUGCCAACAACCUAAAACGCUGUGUCUUUUUGAGUCUCCAUCUGUACAGCAUACGUAUGUGAGGAAGCACAAUGGUUGUGUUUUGGUGCCAUACCUACCAAAUAAUGCUCCCUUUUUUUGCCAGUUCUUGGGAUAAGUGCCUAUUCUUUACAGGCUACUCUAUCACUAACAAGUCCAGAUUAUUGUGCAGUACAUGCAGUGUAGGUUUUUGCUUCCUGAAGAGGAAAACAGGACACCAUUCAGUCCUUCAUACCCUAUUCAAGACUGAUAGAACAUUCCCAUUUUCCAUCAGCUGCACAUGACUUGAUCCUGCUGCAUUACUCUUCUUUGCAGAUUCAGUCAUUACUGUCGUGCUUGCUGUUGGUUCUUGGUGACACUCAGAUUUCUCAGAAAGUUUUGGGUCUUUAGUGAAAGAGGGAGAGGGAAAAGCCUGAUUAGGUUCCUCUGUCUGAUAGCUUGUGUACAGUUAAAUGUAACAAACCAUUAAGAAAAUACGUUUGGUAGUUUCCUGUCAAUUGGCUGCCAUGGCAUUUCUUUCAGCAUUGAAAUCAAUAUGAUUUUUGCCAUUGAUCUCAACUACAGAAGUAGAAAACCAACAAAACUGUUUCUAAGAUAGGGCUCUCUUUUGAGAGACUGGACCUUGAGAAAGCUGCUAUUUUUUCACAUUAACAUGACAUAUCUACCAUGAAAUAUUAAGAAUAUGCAUAUUUCCCUACCAUUGGGCAUGCCUUUUGUCAGUACCAUGGGUGUAGAAAACUCACAGUGAAGGUAAUAUCGUAAGAAAAACUGUGAUACAGUUCCCACUUUGUGCAGAGCGUUGGAAUCCUGGUUGGGUCUGUGCAGAGUGGCAGCAUGGGCACAGAUAUACUAAGUACAUAUGGGCAGUCAGUAUAUUUUUUUCAACAGUUUACAUGGGGUAGCAGCAAGAACCCUGAUAAAAAGUUAUUGAAACCAGGCUAAGCCAAGCCCUCCUUCAAAACCUUAUGGACCUGCUGAAGUGAAUACUUGAGAAAUGCUGUGUAAAUGUGACCUCCGUCCAUUGGUGGGUAUUUCUCUUGUCCUGCUCAAGGCUAACAAACUCUGUUGGUGAUAUUUUUUAUUUACUCUAAAUCUGGAAGGCUGUCAGUUAAUAAGUGCUUCACUUUAAUUUGGUGCAUCACUGCCAAACCAGUUCAAGCCCUGGUAUCAGUUACACCUGUGUAAGUUCCCUGAAAGCUCACUGAAGAGCUGGAAUUACUGCAGCUCUUCAGUCAGGAGUAGCUGAGAUCAGACUCUGCUCCCUGGAGUUUAUUUCCUUAAUGGAUGGUGCUCCUCACAACUGGGGCCGGUGGCGCUUUUGUUCUGGACUCCCGUCUGUGCAUUCUAUAUCUGUGGGAGCAGAUUCAAGUUUGCACUGUACAAUUGGUUGUAAUUCCAAACCCCUUUCUGCAAGGGCUGCAGGGUUUGAAGGAGAUGCUGGGCCCGAGCGCGGUGUCGGGCUGGCGCU